GGCCCGGCUCCUCCCGGCUGCGGGGACAGAGCUGAGGCCGCGGGCAGGGUCUCCUGCCGGGGGAGCGCCGGUAAGGGAUCGGGUUUCUGCCCUCCAGCACAUUCUUGUAACGAUUGGAUUGGCCCGCCCGACAAGUACUCAAAUCUCCGACCAGUAAUCUUCUAUGUUCCCCAAAAUGAAUCCCUGCUGGAGCGCCGGCUCAGGGAGCUCAGAGAGGAAACCCAGGCUUGGAACCAGCGGUUCUGGGCGCGCCAGAACGUGUCCUUCCAGCAGGAAAAAGAAGAAUUUAUUUAUUCAAGACUGAAAGCCAAGGGUCUGAAAAUGAGAGAUGAAACAGGUCAAAAAGCAACGCUGAAUGCAGAAGAAAUGGCUGACUUCUACAAGGACUUCUUAAGUAAAAAUUUUAGAAAGCAUAUGCAUUACAACAGAGAUUGGUAUAAACGUAAUUUUACUAUCACGUUCCUCAUGGGACAAGUAGCACUGGAGAGAGCUCUGAGGUGGCUUCGCUGGAAAAAGAAAAACAUUGGAAAUUAGUGAUCACAACUCCAUGAAGAAUGUAAUACUGUAGCUAGGCCCGUUCACUUGUUAUCUGUAGUGAUGUUCAGAUUCUGAAUGUCUAGUGCAAUGAUUACUUUGAUCUGUUUGUUAGACUUUGUAGAUGAAAGUUGCCAUUGAUCUUAAUUUAUAACCACUAUUUACAUUACCUUUACCUUUUAUUCAAAGACUAUCUCAAAGAUUUUUCCAACCCAACACACAACUGAGAAAACUAUCAAAAGCUGUCCUUUAUUUACAUUAAAUUGAAUGAGUCUCAACUGUCACAUUUUACCACAGAGUCAAAGCCCAUUUAAAAAAAAAAUGUGAUUCAAUAUGUUGUGCCUGAACUUUGGUCAGAGAAUAUAGUCUUUACCAACCAUAAAAUAUAUAAAGGACAAAAAUGUCUCAUUUUGCAGCAUAGAUGUUCUGCAACAGUAGUUAUCUACACUAAUGU